AUGGAAUCAAGAAGGGAGGAAGCAGAAUCUGCUGUUAAUUUAUCCAAAGCUCUUGAGAUUCGGGCUGGAGGUAGGUCAGCAAGAAGAAAGCAUGAUGAGAAAGAAACACAAUUUACAGUUGAUAUGGGCGAGAAUGAGAAUCAGGUGCAAUGCACGCGCUCAUCAUCAUCCAGGAAACGGGCUCCUGAGGCUCACCCUCUGCCACCCUCCAAUAAAAAGCGAGUCCCCCUGGGUGAACUCACCAACUUUCUCAAUAUCACCACCGCCCCCAUCACAAACAACUCGGAUUACAAAAUCAGCGAGUCUAAGUAUGCAGCCAAAGAGGAUGACUCGCCACCAAGCACUGAGUUAAGUCGGGACUCGGAUUUCGAGAACAGCCACGAGAUAGAAUGUGAUGUGAAGGAAGGGAAUAAGAACGUUUCAGAAAACUCUUCGAGCACUGAGUCGACUCAGAACUCAGGGUUAAGGAGGUGUUCUUACGCAUCCUCUAUCUAUCGAUAUCUUCACUCCCUGGAGAUGGAAGACAAUAGAAGGUGCUUGUCAAAUUACAUGCGGGAGGUGCAGAAUGAUGUUUCAGUCAAUAUGAGGGAAAUUCUGGUGGAUUGGUUAGUGGAAGUUGCAGAAGAAUACAGACUUGUCUCAGAUACUCUUCAUCUCACUGUAUCGUAUAUCGAUAGAUUUCUAUCUUCACAGGCGUUGAGUAGGAACAAGUUACAGCUUCUUGGUGUUUCGUGCAUGCUUAUUGCCUCGAAGUAUGAAGAGAUUAGUCCCCCACAUGUCGAGAACUUUUGCCACAUAACAGACAACACUUACACGAAGGAUCAGAUAGUGGUUCGAGUUCAUGAGUUGUUAUCUGGCCGAACUAAGUUUGCUAGAAUAUGGGUGCGUGCGCUUCUUACCAUCAAUGAUUGCUGCAUCAGCUGUUUUCCUUUCAAGUUUCACGAUCCAGCCACAUAUGCAUCCUUGGACUUGAGGGAGCAUUGCAAUUUUCAGCUUUGGAGAGAUAUUGAUAUCUGGAAAUAUCCUGAAUAG